AUUCUAAAUAUCAGAUGAACAUGCAAUAAUUUCCAAAUUAUUACCCUUAUAUAUUAGAACCUUAGGUAACAUUUUAAGGGGAGAUUGAACAACAAAGUAUGAUAAUAAUGCAUUAUAAAUUCAGAAUAGAGCUCCAGUUCAAAUUACAAUGAGUUUAACUUCAUUCAUUAGAAUUUUUAUCCUCCUGCAUAUUCUCAUUAUUAAUUCGAGUAUGUUCAAGACAACGAAAUCCCAAGUUAAAUGAAGAAUAAAAAAAGCAAAAAAAAUAAGUAAUUAAAUUGAAUAUAGCAAACAGGAAUAACGACUAAAAGGGGUUAUUGCCAAAGACCAUGGAAUCGGAGAAACAAAUUGUGGAAGAUCUGCAAUAAAUAGCUGUCUAAUAAUAGUAGGGAGAUUAGAUGUAAAUAUACAUUAAAUUUGAUUAAAGAAUCAAGCCCAUCACUCCUUACGCAGUGCUUCAUUUUAAACAGGGGAGUGCAAUGCCCAAACUCCAAUCUGAUUUGGUAUCAAAUUAAUAGAAUGAAGGGGCAGGAUCAUAGGAAGGUUCUCAAUAGACCCAAAAGCAAAAAGGAUAGAAUCAACAAGUUAAGAAACCGAAGAAGGAGAACAUGAAUACUGGCCAUUGGUCGACUGACGAGCACUCAACUUAUAUUUAAUUUUUGCAGCAAUACGAGAACAUAAUGGCAUCUUCGAUGAUGAAGAAGACUUCUAAGAUAUUCAAAUAGAUGAGUGAAUUGAUUGGAACCAGGACUCCUAGUCAGUGUCGGAGUCAUCAUUAGAAAUUUAACCCUUAUGCGUUGCGAGGGGAAAAUGGGAAACGAUUGCCAAGAACUGAAAGGAGCAGAGCAGGCAGGAAAAAGAAGAAUCAAUAAUCUGAUUUGCCUAAGGCAGGUAAUGAUUAUAACAUGAAUAAAAGAGGAAGGAAAUGUGAUUUUGAAUUACGAGGCUGCCGAUCCUUAUUACUACAUGAUGUUGGAGCAACAGAAAUACUAUUAUGCUGGUUUGCAUCAGGACUACUGGAACCAAGCAUAGGAGGUGGAGUAGAAUCAUAGCAUCAAGAAAGAGGAAGAGCCUGAUCAUUUGAAUCACGGGUAGAUGUAGUAGUCUGAAUUUGAGGAAUAUUUGAAAUAUAGUUCCUAAAGGAAUGGAAACUAGCUGGAUUACAAUUUCGAUGUUAGAAAUCAAGCAGUAAACGAUUUAUUAAUGUGAUAAUUAUUAUUAUGUGGCAUGAUAUACAA